UGUCUGUCUCAGGCUGGCAGCAGACCCAACCCCAGCUGUAUAGAAACACUUAGUGAGAUCAGAUUUCUCCCGUGCCCCGUAUCAUUCAGGUGACUGGAAUUCAUUAGGUAACUGUAAGAGUCCCACACCUUUCCGCCUUACGUUUUAUUGCAUUGCUCAAGAGACUUUUGACCUCAAAGGAAUGUUUACUCCUUACAGAUAAACGCACAUUUAAUUUCUGAACAGCUGACUCUGUGCUGCCACUUGAAACACUGAUUUCAUUUGUUGUUAUCAGUGAGAAAUGAACUUGCUGUGACUCAAAGAGGACAUGAAGGUGCAGAAUAUACUCAUCUUUCUGUUUCAUUUGUAUGUUGUGGUUUCAGGUCUUGAAGUAGUAACUGGGAUGUUUUCCGAAGAUUGUAUCCUACCGUGUUCUUUUGCACGUGCGGACGGUGAGGUAAUUUACUGGAAGAAAGGAGACAAAAAUGUGCACAGCUACUACUACAAGAAGGAUCAGCUACACAGCCAAGACUUUGCGUACAAGGGGAGAACGUCCCUUUUCCAUGACCAAAUUCCCAGUGGAAAUGCCUCCUUGAAACUGAGUAACCUGAGCCUGAGUGAUGAGGGCUCCUACAGCUGCUAUGUGGGGACAAAUCAAGACAAAACAGAAGUGGAAGUCAGGCUGCUUGUAACAGUUUCUCCAUCUUAUGCAAUGGAAUAUGAAAAGCGAGACACAGAGAGAUUGUUGAAAUGUCUUGCCUUUUAUAUCUAUCCUGAACCAAACAUAACAUGGGCAUACAACAAUACAUCUAUGCAAAGAACCAAAACGGACGUAACCUGGGAUGGCCCUCCCUAUUUCGUUAGAAGUGAGCAGAACAUUGUAAAUGUAAAUUCUUCUUACCAGUGUCACAUUCAACUUUUCGACCAAAACUGGACUGCUGAAUGGAGAAUGGAAGAGCAGUGUUCCAAAAAGGAAGGAGAUACCAUUUCAAUUCCAUGUGAAUUUAAGGCUGAAAGGUCUCCAAAUAUUAAAGACUUCAUAGUCACUUGGACAAUAAUCAGAAAUGCAUCUACCUCAAUUUUGGCAUCCUUCAAAAGUUCAUCACCAGUCCCUGAACUGUAUGAAACACGACUCUCUUGGAAGAAAAUCAAUGAAUCAGUAAUCUUACAAGAUCUUACUCUGGCAGACAGCGGAGAAUAUGUGUGCAAUAUUUCAGCACCACACUAUACACAACUCACUGUAAGAAUGUUGAAAGUUGAAAACAUCACUUCACCUCACCACUGGAUAACUUCUGUAGUAGUGCUUAUGCUUAUCUUCAUCCUCAUCAUCGGGGGGAUUGCCGUUACACGGUGUGUUAUGAAGGUGUGUAUCGCUUCAUUAUCUAUUUUUGUAAAUCCUUCCACAAAAUGUUAGAAAAAGAUGCAUGCACAAAUACAACUACAAUUGUGGUUAGAAUUUGGAUGCUUGACAAGCAUACAGCCGGUCCCCGAGUUACGAAUGCAUCAACUUAUGACCGUUCGUAUUUACGACCAGCCUCCUAUAUAGCUGCUACCCCAGUUACAAAUGAAAUCUGCACUUACAAACAGUGCGGCCGUAUGUAAGUGAAUGUAAUCUGCCUUACAAACAGAUCGAGUUACGACCAAGUGCUUGGUACAUAACUCGUUCGUAAGUUGGGGACUGGCUGUAUUCUAUUUAGUUGAGUUAAGAAGCUGGCAGAAGAGUGAAGCUAUAAAAUCAUAGAUUGUAAUUAAAAUUCUCCUGUUUUUGCUACCCCUUGUAGUUAAUAUGCAGCCCCAGUGGGAAUGACCCCUAGACUGCAAGCAGUGUCUGCCUUGCUCUAUUGUAGAUGUUGUCUUGGCUGAGUGACCCAGGGCAGGCCCGUUUUGCUCUACAGAUAUCUAAGGGGUGGUCAGGAAGUUGUUUCUCUGCAAGAGCACUCUGCACCCCACUGAGCUAAAAAACAAUCCUCAGGCAGGCUCUCCAUUUGAAUAUGAAGGUGCAUGCCAGCAUAUCCAGCCUUAACCCGGCAAUAACGUGUCCAGAUAUGUGCCAUCUUAGGUGAUACAUGAGGGAGGCAUGAGAGGGCACAUGCCCCCAAAUGCCAUGAGCAGGAGUGACAAAGGGCCAGAGUCCGUGGGCAUCUGCGGGGUCCAGUAGAGGACCUAGCACAUGCAGUAUGGGUCUGCCCUCUCACACUCACCAUUGGCUGAGAGACAAGUGGAGCUAUACAGCUCAGGCUCACCCUACUCCUCUGCUGCGUUACUCGGGGGGAACACAGGACCAUCCCCAUGCUCACCAUCAGGAAGCAGAGUGAUGCAGCUGGAGGAGCAAAGUGAGCUGGGGCUAUGCUGCUCCACUUACCCUACCACUGUGGUGAGUGCAAGGGGGUUGACUUGUCCUCCCUCCACCACACUGCUGGUGCUGCCCUUCACUGUGCUGGUCCCCCGGGCCGUAUUGUUUGGGGGAAAGUAAGGUUAGGGCAGGGGUGAGGAAGAGGAUGGGAUGGGGGUGAAGGGCAGGGUCUGGGGGAGAUGGGAGUUGUCCCCUGGCUGUGGGGGUGGGAGAUCAAGUGGCCCACUCCCUUCAUCAUUUGCCCUGGCAUCCAAUCUCUGUUAUUGAAAUGAAAACUCACUUAUUUACAUCUCAGCACAGCUGCUCUUUCCUGACUCUCAGAUCCACAUUUUUUAGGGAUCCACAGGGAUUGGCUCAGGUUUGCUGCAGAUCCCAAGUCAUUUGAGGUUACAGGCCAUCCCCUGCCCACUGUCAGGCUGUGUCUAGACUGGCAAGUUUUUCCGCAAAAGGAGCUGCUUUUGUGGAAAAACUUGCA